UAUAUCUAAAUCGAACUUGGCACAUGAAAUAAUUUUGUGGGACCCAGGUGAAAGACAAUAUUAUAGAAAGUUGCAAGGCAAUAGAUAACUUUUUCCCUGAGUAAAUCAUAGAACCAGUUCUUCCGUCAUUCCACACUGAUGAGACGAGGGAACUUUCGUAAAUUCAGAGGGAAUAUUUAUGUUUGCCACGAGGUCUGAUAAGCCUGAGGAAAGAAUGACACAAGAUAAAACGUAGAAUGAUGAUGGUUAUGAGGAUGAUGUUUAAACUUCCAGUUAUGUUUAGAGAAGUAGCAGUAUUGUGGCUUAACUUUUAUAUGAUAUUUAUGUGAUACUUCGAAAGGGUUAUGUCGAAAUAUUUGCUUGUGCCAUAUGGGUUGUGAACUUCGAGACGCGAACGUCACUCGAAUUAUGUUUACGUGGCUAAAAAAAUAAGCACGUAUUGCGUUAUCGUUUGAACGGGUUGAUGAUAACUAAUUCCUGGGUAUUACCAGCUUUAAUAUGUGUGGGACGGAUUCAAAACUUGGAGAAAUGAGGGCUCUAAUUCUCGUUGGAGGUUAUGGUACCAGGCUCCGGCCGCUAACUCUAAGUCGGCCAAAACCACUGGUUGAAUUUGCCAAUAAGCCCAUGUUGCUGCACCAGAUGGAAGCGCUGGUGGAAGCCGGAGUCACCCAGAUAGUGUUAGCUGUGUCUUAUCGCGCCGAACAGAUGGAACAGGAACUGAGCGAUGAAGCAAAGAAACUUGGAGUCAGCCUGGUGUUUUCACAUGAGACAGAGCCUCUUGGUACUGCAGGACCACUUGCACUUGCUAAAGAUAUUCUGGGAGCAAGUGAUGAACCAUUCUUUGUUCUAAAUUCUGACAUCAUAUGUGAAUUUCCUUUCAAGGACAUGGUGGCCUUUCAUCGGAAUCAUGGUCAGGAGGGCACGAUUGUUGUCACCAAGGUGGAGGAGCCAUCGAAAUAUGGUGUUGUGGUAUAUGGGGAACAAGGACGAAUCCACAGCUUCAUUGAGAAGCCCCAGGAAUUUGUUUCCAAUAAAAUCAAUGCAGGAAUGUACAUCUUCAGUCCAUCUGUUUUGCGUCGUAUUCAGCUUCGUCCAACCAGCAUAGAGAAGGAAGUCUUCCCAGAUAUGGCGUGUGAGGGCCAGUUAUAUGCCAUGGAGCUUCAGGGCUUCUGGAUGGACGUCGGACAGCCACGGGACUUCCUUACAGGUAUGUGUCUGUAUCUGGCUUCGCUACGUCAGAGCAGUGCUUCUGCUCUUCACUUUGGCCCGGGUAUUGUGGGGAACGUCCUGGUGGAUCCAACAGCCAAGAUUGGACAGGGUUGUCGCAUUGGCCCAAAUGUGACUGUUGGUCCCGGCGUGGUAAUUGAGGAUGGUGUGUGUGUGAAGCGCAGCACCCUAUUGCGAGGAGCGACUGUACGUUCGCAUUCUUGGCUCGAUGGCUGCAUCAUUGGGUGGAGAAGUGUCGUGGGGCAGUGGGUCCGCAUGGAGAACACAACAGUACUAGGGGAGGAUGUUAUUGUGAAGGAUGAGAUAUACAUCAAUGGAGGCCAGGUUCUGCCACACAAGUCCAUUGCUGCAUCUGUUCCGGAACCGCAGAUCAUCAUGUGAGUUAGGUAUGUGUGUCUUCAGACCUUGGAAUUAUGUUUGGUGCAGUAAUGUUGAGUUGCUUCUUGUGUGUCUCUAACAACAGUGUGGCUGCUGGGUGAGGUUAUGAUGGGCUGGACAAGUAGUUCAACCAGAUGAAGUAAGGAGGUGGAUCAAGCUUACUGCCAUGCUGACUGCACUGUUCUGUCUGUUCAGGGCAGAUGUCACCAUGGCAUGUGUGGUUUUUGGAAUAACUUGGAAGGAAGAGCUCCAAAAGGCAUGUUAAAUGCUUUCUUCAGAAUCUAACAAUUUUAUAACUUCUGCCAAUGUAAAUUCCCUGUGUCAGACCUUUUGACUCAUCAGGAAGUCAUCCCAUGUUGUGUUUGGAGGAGUAUCUUGGUUGUGUUAUGACUGGUAGGUCCAUUUUGUGGCUCUUCAUACUUCCUCCAUGAAAUAUGCUAUGACCACUUGAGCUUACAUGCAAGUCUUCGUAUCUGAUUUGGAAAUACUACCUCUGUAGUUCAUGUAACUGCACCAUUGUGACAUUAUGAUGUGCAAAGGUACAACAGCAUUUUUGUUGCAGCUCUGCUGACGCAACACACAUCACUGCUGCAUACAGGGAAGUAGUGUAUUGCUCUUGUCAAAUUUAAAAGUUUAUGAUGGAAUGGACAUGUAGCAUACAUUGUAUAUGAAUUGUCUGUUCUGUGCUUAUGGCAUGAAAAGAAGAAAACACUACAAGAAGACAGGCAAACUCUUCGACACACCAGGUUGCAUAACGUUUUUGAGUCUUGUGACUCUAAGGAACAGAAACUCUUUCGCUAAGUUUAUGUAGUGAUGGAACAUGAAGAGUAGAAUAAGAAGUGAAAGAAUUUCAUGCUUAAUGUAUACACUGCAUUUAUAUAUGUAUUUUGUAUUUAUAUUUGGAGGUGCAGAACACAACCUGAACAAUGUUCGUGUCCAAAAUGGUGAAUACUGGCGAAUGUACACCUCACUGAUAUCUUUAUAUAGUUACAAUGUAGCAAGUUGCUGGAAUGUCCAAGCCAAGUGGUAUGCGUUGACGUUGUAAUGUUGGUUCUUUGGGAUUAGCUGCGUCACGUGUUGAAGUUGUAAUGUUUUAGUGUACACUAUAGGCAUAAGCUUUGACAUGAGAGUGAAGGUGGGGUUGUGCAGUUUGGUGCAAUUUGUUGGGAGGAGGCCAUGGCUGCCAUUGGAUAGCACCAUAUUCUGCAUCCCCUUCCCUAUACUUCCAUAAUGAGACCUGCAUAUGGGUCCACAUGCACCCCUUGUCCCUCACGUGUUCUGAGUUGGUGAGUGCAGUGUAUGUUGGAACAGCUGUAACAUGUCACUCAGCGAAAUGUCACAAGCUAAAAUUACACCUUAAUAAACCUUGCUGGUCUUUCUGGAUCAGGAGACAAGGGUUUGCAUGAUUUGGAAGCAGCAAGAGGAAUUAGGUUUUUGCAUUAGUUCUGUGAAGUGCCCAAUUUUUUAGGUGGUAACACAGUAUUAUAGAAUGUCAUGAGGGUAUUCCUAUACACACGUUUCAAGCCCAAUCUGAAUUCCAACUAUACUUAGUUGGGCAGUUGUGGUCUUCCACACUCCAUGCUGAUAGAUCCUAUAAUAGGACCUUAAGUAGACUACAGCAGUUUUGACAUCUCUCCAGAAAGUCCGUCUGUUCAGCAUUGUGAUUAAUAAAGAAGCAUUAUUUAAAUAGA